AUGAGAUUGCUGACGAAAUCAUCGAGUGUGCUCGUGGUGAAAAGCGUCAAGUGUGCUGAAGUGCCACAGUUUAUCUGCCAGUGCACUGUAAACAAACCCAGUUUUGAAUCCCUGCUCAAGAACAAACCCAGUUUUGAAUCCCUGCUCAAGAACAAACCCAGUUUUGAAUCCCUGCUCAAGAACAAACACAGUUUUGAAUCCCUGCUCAAGAACAAACACAGUUUUGAAUCCCUGCUCAAGAACAAACCCAGUUUUGAAUCCCUGCUCAAGAACAAACCCAGUUUUGAAUCCCUGCUCAAGAACAAACCCAGUUUUGAAUCCCUGCUCAAGAACAAACCCAGUUUUGAAUCCCUGCUCAAGAACAAACCCAGUUUUGAAUCCCUGCUCAAGAACAAACCCAGUUUUGAAUCCCUGCUCAAGAACAAACACAGUUUUGAAUCCCUGCUCAAGAACAAACACAGUUUUGAAUCCCUGCUCAAGAACAAACCCAGUUUUGAAUCCCUGCUCAAGAACAAACACAGUUUUGAAUCCCUGCUCAAGAACAAACCCAGUUUUGAAUCCCUGCUCAAGAACAAACCCAGUUUUGAAUCCCUGCUCAAGAACAAACCCAGUUUUGAAUCCCUGCUCAAGAACAAACCCAGUUUUGAAUCCCUGCUCAAGAACAAACACAGUUUUGAAUCCCUGCUCAAGAACAAACCCAGUUUUGAAUCCCUGCUCAAGAACAAACCCAGUUUUGAAUCCCUGCUCAAGAACAAAUCCAGUUUUGAAUCCCUGCUCAAGAACAAACCCAGUUUUGAAUCCCUGCUCAAGAACAAACCCAGUUUUGAAUCCCUGCUCAAGAACAAACCCAGUUUUGAAUCCCUGCUCAAGAACAAACCCAGUUUUGAAUCCCUGCUCAAGAACAAACACAGUUUUGAAUCCCUGCUCAAGAACAAACCCAGUUUUGAAUCCCUGCUCAAGAACAAACCCAGUUUUGAAUCCCUGCUCAAGAACAAAUCCAGUUUUGAAUCCCUGCUCAAGAACAAACCCAGUUUUGAAUCCCUGCUCAAGAACAAACCCAGUUUUGAAUCCCUGCUCAAGAACAAACCCAGUUUUGAAUCCCUGCUCAAGAACAAACCCAGUUUUGAAUCCCUGCUCAAGAACAAACCCAGUUUUGAAUUCCUGCUCAAGAACAAACCCAGUUUUGAAUCCCUGCUCAAGAACAAACCCAGUUUUGAAUCCCUGCUCAAGAACAAACCCAGUUUUGAAUCACUGCUCACGAAAAAAAUGUUGUUGUUUUAA